AUGGCCAAGAUGUCCCUGGAUAACUCUGCUAGUGGUUCAAUACACAUGAAGAAGACAACUGAAGAAGCUUAUGAACUUAUUGAGAUGGUCACUGACAAUCAGUAUUUAUACUCAUUUGGUGAGAUCUCAAUGAAGGGGAAGUCAAGGUUUCCAGAAACCCUCAAGACACUCGAGAUCAAAAUCCCAUUUGCUGAAGCUCUUGAACAAAUACCUUCCUAUGCCAUGUUUAUAAAGGACAAAAUAAGCCACAAAAGGGAUUGGAGGGAGGCAGGGACAGUUCUCCUCACCAAGGAAUGUAGUGCGGUUAUUCAAAGAAACCUACCAAAGAAACUACAGGAUCUUGGGAGUUUUCUGAUACCAUGCACCCUUGGAGACACUUGCAUAAGGAUAGCCCUAUAUGAUCUUGGAGCAAGCAUCAACCUCAUGGCAACAUCAUUAAUGAACAAGCUCCAGAUCCAAGAAGCCAAGCCUACCCACAUCUACCUUCAUCUUGUUGAUGGCUUCGUCAAGAUCCCAUCAAGGGUGGUUGAUGGUAUGAUUGUCAGGAAAGGAGAAGUAACACUGAGAGUCAAUAAGGAUGAGUUCACAUUCAAUGCUAUUAGAGCCAUACAACAUCUUGACCCCACAGAGGAAUGCUUGAAGAUUGAUGUCAUAGAACCCCUGGUUGAAGAGGUACGUGAGAUUGAAAGACUUGAGGAGGAGCUGAAUAACAUUCUUGAAGAUGCCAUGCCUGAAUUGAAUGCACCAGAAGAGCAGGAGGAGAUGCUGACCACCCCUAAAGUGGAAGAUGGGCCUCCUAAACUCGAGCUUAAGCCUUUGCCACCAUCCUUGAAAUACGUGUUCUUAGGAGAUGGUGACACAUAUCCAGUCAUUAUAAGCUCUGCCCUAGAGCAGUAA